AUGAUGAACUUUAAGAAAAAGAUCGUGAAGCCUCAGGGCGUCGAGCCCACAGAAAUCGAAAAUGAGGUUGCCAAGUGCCUCUUCGAUAUCGAAACCAGCAGUCAGUCGGAUUUGAAGGGAGAAGUCCGUCACUUGGUCAUCAGCUCCGUGAAGGAGGUGGAGGUACCGCAGGGCCGGAAGAAGGCGCUGGUCGUCUUCGUCCCCUACGCAGUCUACCAGAAGACAGUGAAGAGGAUCCAAGGCCGUCUGGUCCAGGAGUUGGAGAAGAAGCUGAAGAAGCACGUGGUUCUGAUUGCUCAGCGCACGAUGCUUCCUCUCGACUUCAAGCGCAAGGGUCUGAAGGUUCGCCCGCGGAGCCGCACCCUCACUGCUGUUCAGGAAGGCAUGCUCGAGGACAUUGUCAGCCCUACAGAAAUCGUCGGCAAGAGAAUGCGCGUGCGCGUUGACAACACCAAGAUGCUCAAGGUGUUGCUGGACCCGCGCGACAAGCAGAAGGACAACAUCGAAGACAAGUUGGAGACUUUCGCGGCAGUCUACAAGAAACUCACCAACAAGGACGCCGUCUUCAUCUUCCCUCAGCACGUCUACUAA